ACGCACAUCCCACGCUCACCAUAAACAGAGACAGCAAAAUAAAAAUAACGGAAAAAAAAAAAAGAAAAAGAAAAGGAAAAGCGUAAUUUAAGUAGGGGGGUUAAAGGAAUAAAAAACCGUAAAAAUGCGCACACAGUUUACAGCUUCUGGUGGUGCCCAUAGUUGUUGUUCAGCUGUUUCUUCUUCGUCUUGUUGUUGUAUAUCUACAGCAGCUGCUGAUCGGAGGUUAAACGCUCUGGUUCGUCACCUUGGAAUUGAGGAUUCGAAAUCUGCGAUGGCCGAUAUCUCUGCUAAUCCAACUUCUGCUUCCAAUGGCGACUCUGUCUUUGCUCACGUUGUUCGUGCCCCUGAGGAUCCUAUUCUCGGGGUUACAGUUGCAUAUAACAAAGAUCCAAGCCCAAACAAGUUGAACUUGGGUGUUGGUGCUUAUCGUACUGAGGAAGGGAAGCCCCUUGUUCUCAACGUAGUUAGGCAAGCAGAACAACAACUUGUUAAUGACCCUUCGCGUGUCAAGGAAUACCUUCCUAUUGUUGGACUCGCAGAAUUCAACAAAUUGAGCGCUAAACUCAUCCUUGGUUCCGACAACCCUGCUAUUCAAGAGAAUAGAGUUACUACUGUUCAAGGCUUGUCUGGAACUGGAUCAUUGAGAGUUGGAGGUGAAUUUUUAGCAAGACAUUAUCAUGAACGUACAAUUUACAUACCCCAGCCAACAUGGGGAAACCAUCCAAAAGUCUUUACUCUGUCAGGAUUAUCUGUGAAAACCUACAGAUACUAUGACCCAGCAACACGUGGACUCAAUUUUCAAGGUCUCCUUGAGGACCUUGGGUCUGCUCCAUCUGGAGCCAUCGUUCUGUUACAUGCUUGUGCUCAUAACCCUACUGGUGUUGAUCCAACCCUAGAGCAGUGGGAACAUAUCAGGAAGCUAGUGCGAUCAAAGGCAUUAUUGCCUUUCUUUGACAGUGCCUAUCAGGGCUUUGCUAGUGGAAGUUUGGAUGCAGAUGCACAGUCAGUUCGUAUAUUUGCUGCUGAUGGAGGUGAAUGCCUUGUAGCUCAGAGUUACGCAAAGAACAUGGGACUCUAUGGUGAACGUGUUGGUGCCCUAAGCAUUGUCUGCAAGACAGCAGAUGUUGCGAGCAGGGUUGAAAGCCAGCUGAAACUUGUAAUCAGACCCAUGUAUUCAAACCCACCCAUUCAUGGUGCAUCUAUUGUUGCUACCAUCCUCAAGGACAGGAACUUGUACAAUGAAUGGACCAUUGAGUUGAAAGCAAUGGCUGACCGUAUUAUAAGCAUGCGCCAACAGCUUUUUGAUGCCUUAAAAACUAGAGGUACACCUGGUGACUGGAGUCACAUUAUCAAGCAGAUCGGAAUGUUUACCUUCACUGGAUUGAAUUCUGACCAGGUUGCCUUCAUGACUAAAGAGUACCAUAUAUACAUGACAUCUGAUGGGAGAAUCAGCAUGGCUGGUCUGAGCUCCAGGACAGUUCCUCAUCUUGCAGAUGCAAUUCAUGCCGCCGUUACUCGUCUCGGCUAACGCUGUCAACAGGCAACAACUCUUCUAGCCAAUGUUGAAACUUUUGCCUAAAUUUAAUGUUGGCUCUUUCGUUUUUGUUCUUUUGUUGUAAUAAUUUUUACCUCAAGGAGAUGAGGUUAAAGGAUAUUGGAAAAACCAUCUCAGAAGAUAUGCUGUCUGAAAAACCUUGACAAACAAUUUUCCCAUGUUACAAGUUAAAACUAGGGAAGUACGUACUUCCCCUUUGCGAAUCAAAGAAACAAGCUAGUCAUUUGCAUUUA